CCCCUCUGUCGAUUCCCGACGAAAUUGUCGGAGAAGAGCAGGCGGAGCACGGGAAUUGGGCUUAGUCCCGUUCAAAAAAGUUGCGCUCACCAAAAUAAAUAAGAGCAUCUGUUCCUUUUCUCUCUUUUCCACGCAUCACCAAGACCACUCCUCGUAAUUGGUGCCUUCUCUGGCCAUGCCUUCGGAUAGCACACAUAUCGAGCGCCCGUCGCUGGGCGACAUUCCACGCAGCGAUGAUGUCGAAAAGUCAGCUGCUAGCCCCUCCACUUCUAAAGGAAAAGAGGAUCGUUACGUCGGAUGGGAUGGCGACGAUGAUCGGGACAACCCGCUCAAUUUCCCCAAGUGGAAAAAAUACACGAUUCUCGGUAUCGUCAAUCUUAGCUGCCUCAACGUAACCUGCGACUCGUCCGUCAUUGCAUCGGCAUAUGAGGGCAUCCAAAAGGACCUGCACGCCUCUCCUGAGGUGUCCAUCCUGUCCCUGUCCCUCUUUGUCCUUGGUCUGGCCCUCGGUCCCCUCCUUGUCGCCCCCAUGUCCGAGUUCUAUGGUCGAAGACCUAUCUACCUCAUCUCUUUCCUUGCGUUCUUCCUCCUCGGCUUUCCCGUCGCUUUUGCCAACAACCUGCCCGUCCUCUUCAUCUUCCGCUUCCUCACUGGCUUCGCCGGCUCCGCUUUUCUCAGCGUCGCUGGUGGCACCGUCUCGGACCUCUUCAAGCCUAAGGAGACAUUCUUGCCGAUGGCCGCAUUCACAUGCAUGACUUUCCUCGGCCCGGUCCUCGGGCCCGUCUACGGUGGAUUUAUCAAGCAGUUCUCUUCGCAAUGGCGGUGGACACUGUGGGUCCAGACGAUCUGGUCGUUCCUAGCCAUCAUCGCCAUCUUCUUCUUUGCGCCUGAAACCUAUGGACCCAUCGUCCUCGUCAAUCGGGCGCGACGCCUGCGUCGGGAGUCUGGUGGCCAGCACGACUACACAACCAGCCACGAAGAAUACAUGGCAACUCAAUCAGUUAUAAACACCAUCAGCGUCAACAUGGCCAAGAUUCCAAUGCUUCUGGCACUGGAGCCCAUGCUGACGAUUCUCUGCCUUUGGUGCGCUUUGCAUCUGGGAAUCAUCUACCUCUUCUUUGAGUUUUUCCCUCUCGUGUUCGGUCUGCAUGGCUUCAACGACUACCAAGAAGGCCUCUCCUUUUUGGGCUUGCUCGUAGCCAACGCUAUUGGCUUCUGCUCCAUGUUUUUCUGGCGCAACAGAUUCCUAGCGGCCGCCGAUCCGAAGACGGGCAUGCCCCCACCCGAGGCUCGUCUGCAGCCCGCCAUGGCCGGCGCAUUGCUCGCGCCUGUGGGGCUCUUUAUCUUUGCGUUCACGGCCUACGAGAAUGUUCACUGGAUUGGCCCCAUCAUUGGCUCGACCAUAUAUGGCAUUGGCGUUCUCUACGUCUUCUUUUCUGUCUUUAGCUACACUGUCGCAAAUUGGCGUCCCGUCGCAGCCUCAGCCAUGGGCGCCAACAGCAUGUUGAGAUGCUGUUUCGCCGCCGGUUUCCCCCUCUUUGCCGUGCAGAUGGCCCACAGGCUCAGCAACACGGGCGCUGUGGCGCUUCUCGCUGGUCUCAACUGCCUCAUGGUUCCGGUCCCAUUUGUUCUCUACAAGUACGGCCCAAAGAUCCGAGCCAAGAGCCGCUUCACGAGCUAAAAUGGAAGAGAGGAUGCCCGUACCUCAUAUAGAUUUGAGACCAUCACAACUACAAUUUACAACUUCUGAACUAGAUGCAUUGACGCC